GGCCAGUUACUUAGGUCAUACACACCUGGAUUAAUCAGUGCAUCCAAUCAUGAAAGACAGGAAACAAAGGAGCUGCCUUAAAUUCAGGAAGUAGUGGAGCUGUGCAUAGAGCCUAUUUGUUUAAAAAAAAAUUUGGGUCGAAGCGUCCCUGUAAGGAGGAAAUACAUCAGAUUCUGAUUUAUUGAUUCAUCAGAACGUUUCGAACAGUCCUCCCCUCAAAGCUGCUUAUUAUGGCUCAUUCAUACUCUGUGUCACUCUGAAUUUGAGCUGAAACAGAGUGUGCUGAACUUGCUUUUGAGGAAACAAUCUCUUUGCUCUGCUGCAACUUUGGAAGAGACAAUAUGACCUAUAUUUCAACGUUUCCUCAAGUACAGUAAGGAUCACUUUCACUUCUAAAGCGUCUGUUGUUGUUUUUUCUGAGUGCAGCUUGUCAGGCUUCUUCCUUCAGAGCUAUCAAAUAAUGUUUGAAGAUCUGCAGCACGCGGCUGUGGGUUCCCUGUUUGGGAUUACUGUUCUCCUGCUGCUCCUUCACCUGCUUUACUUCAGCUCCCCAGACAGAAGGGAUCCUCCAGGACCCAGACCUCUUCCUCUGUUUGGUAACCUGUUCCAGGUUGAUCUGAAGAGGCUUGACUACAGCCUUUUUGAGCUGUCCAAAAAAUAUGGACCCGUGUUCCAGGUCCACUUUGGGCUGAAGAAGGUGGUGGUCCUGGCAGGGUACAGGACUGUCAAAGAGGCUCUGGUGAACCAUGCUGAGGAAUUUGGAAACAGAGACAUCACACCAAUAUUUCACGAUUUUACAAAAGGAAAUGGUAUUUUAUUUUCCAAUGGAAACUCAUGGAGGGAAAUGAGACGUUUUGCCCUCACAACCCUGAAAAACUUUGGAAUGGGGAAGCAGAUGAUUGAAGAAAUAAUCAUUGAGGAAUGUCAGCACCUCAUUAAAGAAUUGGAACAAUUUGAAGGUCAAGCCUUCAGCAACACCCAGCCUAUCAACUAUGCUGCUGCUAAUGUUAUAGCAGCCACCGUAUUUGGUAAAAGAUUUGAUUACAAGGACCCGAAUUUCCAAGCUAUGGUGGAUAGAGAUAAUGAGAUUAUAUAUCUGACAGGAACAGUUUCCUUGUUGAUAUACAACUUUUUCCCUUGGUUGGGUCCUGUCCUUAAAAACUGGAAGAAUUUGAUGAAGCAUGUGGAAGAUGGGAAGGCGGAUGCAAGGAAGAUGAUAGAGCAGCUGAAGCAGACCCUGGACUUGGAUAUCUGCAGAUGUUUUGUUGAUGCUUUUUUGAUUCACAAAAGACAUCUUGAGGAUUCUGCCAUAAAGAACCCACACUUCCAUGAUGAUAACCUGCUCUACAGUGUGGUAAACCUAUUUGCAGCUGGAAAUGAUACGACAGGAAAUACGCUGAAGUGGUGCCUCCUUUACAUGGCCAAGUACCCUCACAUUCAAGUGCGGGUUCAGGAGGAAUUGAGCCGGGUGGUCGGAAAGCGGCAGGUUAAAGCGGAGGACAGGAAGAACUUACCGUACACUGAUGCGGUCAUCCAUGAGUCACAGAGAUACGCUAACAUCGCGCCGAUUGCUAUUCCUCAUUCAACCAGCAGAGAUGUGACCUUCCAGGGCUACCUUAUCCAGGAGGGAACUACAGUGUUUCCUCUUCUUACUUCUGUUUUAUACGACGAGAGGGAAUGGGAGAAUCCCUACAGCUUCAACCCGUCACAUUUCCUAGACAGUGAGGGUAAAUUCAUCAGGAGGGAAGCUUUCCUGCCCUUUUCUGCAGGUCGCAGAGUUUGCCCUGGAGAGAGUUUGGCCAAAAUGGAGCUCUUCAUCUUCUUCACCUCUCUCCUUCAGCACUUUAAUUUCAGCCCAGCACCUGGGAUUUCAGAAGAUGAACUGGAUUUAUCUCCUGUUGUGGGCUUCACCCUGUCCCCUCAGCCCCAGAAGCUUUGUGCCUUUCUUCGCAAGUGAAGAAUAAAGCUGAUACUUGGACAAGGUACUUUGCAUAUGUAGGAGGCACUUCUUUACCACAGCUGAGCCCCUUUUGUAAAGGACUAUAUCUGCGCAACUAUAGCUGUAUAAAGCAAAUUUAUUGGAUCUUAAGUCUUCUUGUACAUGAAGACUGAAUAAAGCUGCAUAUAAAAUCAUACACAUCACCAAAGUAAUAAUUAAACACUAGUCUUUGGUAGUUCUAGAUGUAUAAAUUACAAAUUCUGAAAUUAUUUUCAAAGGUUUUAUUAUUUUUCUGUUUGUAUUCAUUUAUAAUCUUUGCCCUAGCUGAAACAGACUGGAGACACUUUAGUGGAUGUGACUACUGGCACAUAGUUGAAAUUCUCCUCCUGCCUCAUUUAGUAUCAGAGGGUAAAAACAGCACGUUCUGUACUUUUCCUUGCUUUUGUCAGAUGAAAUCAAGUUCAUCUCUUGAGAGCGUGAGUCAGGACAGGGUGGAGCUAAACGGCUUCCUUCCACUUUUUGUUUUGAUUGGCUCUCUGAUAUAAAGUGGAUAAACUGGAUCCAAAACCAGCUGUCACCCUCCCUCAUGAUUUGCAGAUUACCUACUGAGCUCAUUGUGAAUUUCGGGUACCGACCUACCGACUUUGUGUCGGGACUAACUCAAUGCUACGGGCCGGCCCAAGGCAAAAGAAUAUUUCAUAGUUUUUUUGCAUGUAUAUUAAUUUCUUUAUAAAUAUUACAAAACACAAUUUACAUAAUCAAAAAAUGCAUUUUUUACAAAAAAAAUAUAGUUAACAGUUUAGAAAUUAUUACUUAUACAUUAAAAAAACAAAACAUUGAGAAACGACUAGUAUAAGCUUCUCGGAGACAAACUAACCGUUGCAGAACAAAGGUAAGCUUAAAAUGUUACAGUUAUUUGAUUUAAUUAUAUACUUUUUUUUUUUCACAAUUUAAUCUUUGUCAAAGCUGUUGUAUUUUGUUUGCUUUUGUUCUUGUACUAGUUGGAAACAAAGUAUAAACCAUGUAACACUUUUACAAUAAAGAAGCUGCAUACUGGUUACCUUUA